AUGCUUGUGGAAUGUCUAGCAUGUACAUCCCCAGCUAGCCAGCCCCUGCUUGUGGAAUGUCUAGCAAGUACAUCCCCAGCAAGCCAGCCCCUGCUUGUGGAAUGUCUAGCAUGUACAUCCCUAGCUAGCCAGCCCCUGCUUGUGGAGUGUCUAGCACGUACAUCCCUAGCUAGCCAGCCCCUGCUUGUGGACUGUCUAGCAUGUACAUCCCUAGCUAGCCAGCCCCUGCUUGUGGAAUGUCUAGCAUGUACAUCCCUAGCUAGCCAGCCCCUGCUUGUGGAAUGUCUAGCAUGUACAUCCCUAGCUAGCCAGCCCCUGCUUGUGGAAUGUCUAGCAUGUACAUCCCUAGCUAGCCAGCCCCUGCUUGUGGAAUGUCUUGCAUGUACAUCCCUAGCUAGCCAGCCCCUGCUUGUGGAAUGUCUAGCAUGUACAUCCCUAGCUAGCCAGCCCCUGCUUGUGGAAUGUCUAGCAUGUACAUCCCUAGCUUUCCAGCACCUGCUUGUGGAGUGUCUAGCAUGUACAUCCCUAGCUUUCCAGCACCUGCUUGUGGAGUGUCUAGCAUCUAGCCAGCUCCUGCUUGUGGAGUGUCUAGCAUGUACAUCCCUAGCUAGCCAGCCCCUGCUUGUGGAAUGUCUAGCAUGUACAUCCCUAGCUAGCCAGCCCCUGCUUGUGGACUGUCUAGCAUGUACAUCCCUAGCUAGCCAGCCCCUGCUUGUGGAGUGUCUAGCAUGUACAUCCCUAGCUAGCCAGCCCCUGCUUGUGGAGUGUCUAGCAUGUACAUCCCUAGCUAGCCAGCCCCUGCUUGUUGAAUGUCUAGCAUGUACAUCCCUAGCUAGCCAGCCAUUACUUGUGGAAUGUCUAGCAUGUACAUCCCUAGCUGGCCAGCCCCUGCUUGUGGAAUGUCUAGCAUGUACAUCCCUAGCUAGCCAGCCCCUGCUUGUGGAAUGUCUAGCAUGUACAUCCCUAGCUAGCCAGCCCCUGCUUGUGGAAUGUCUAGCAUGUACAUCCCUAGCUAGCCAGCCCCUGCUUGUGGAAUGUCUAGCAUGUACAUCCCUAGCUAGCCAGCCCCUGCUUGUGGAAUGUCUAGCAUGUACAUCCCUAGCUAGCCGGCUCCUACUUGUGGAGUGUCUAGCAUGUACAUCCCUAGCUAGCCAGCCCCUGCUUGUGGAAUGUCUAGCAUGUACAUCCCUAGCUAGCCAGCCCCUGCUUGUGGAAUGUCUAGCAUGUACAUCCCUAGCUAGCCAGCCCCUGCUUGUGGAAUGUCUAGCAUGUACAUCCCUAGCUAGCCAGCCCCUGCUUGUGGAAUGUCUAGCAUGUACAUCCCCAGCUAGCCAGCCCCUGGUUGUGGAAUGUCUAGCAUGUACAUCCCUAGCUAGCCAGCCCCUGGUUGUGGACUGUCUAGCAUGUACAUCCCUAGCUAGCCAGCCCCUGCUUGUGGAAUGUCUAGCAUGUACAUCCCUAGCUAGCCAGCCCCUGCUUGUGGAAUGUCUAGCAUGUACAUCCCUAGCUAGCCAGCCAUUGCUUGUGGAAUGUCUAGCAUGUACAUCCCUAGCUAGCCAGCCCCUGCUUGUGGAAUGUCUAGCAUGUACAUCCCUAGCUAGCCAGCCAUUGCUUGUGGAAUGUCUAGCAUGUACAUCCCUAGCUAGCCGGCUCCUACUUGUGGAGUGUCUAGCAUGUACAUCCCUAGCUAGCCAGCCCCUGCUUGUGGAAUGUCUAGCAUGUACAUCCCUAGCUAGCCGGCUCCUACUUGUGGAGUGUCUAGCAUGUACAUCCCUAGCUAGCCAGCCCCUGCUUGUGGAGUGUCUAGCAUGUACAUCCCUAGCUAGCCAGCCCCUGGUUGUGGAGUGUCUAGCAUGUACGUCCCUAGCUAGCCAGCCCUUGGUUGUGGAAUGUCUAGCAUGUACAUCCCUAGCUAGCCGGCUCCUACUUGUAGAGUGUCUAGCAUGUACGUCCCUAGCUAGCCAGCCCCUGGUUGUGGAAUGUCUAGCAUGUACAUCCCUAGCUAGCCGGCUCCUACUUGUGGAGUGUCUAGCAUGUACAUCCCUAGCUAGCCAGCCCCUGCUUGUGGAGUGUCUGACAUGUACAUCCCCAGCUGGCCAGCCCCUGCUUGUGGAGUGUCUAGCAUGUACAUCCCCAGCAAGCCAGCCCCUGCUUGUGGAAUGUCUAGCAUGUACAUCCCUAGCUAGCCAGCCCCUGGUUGUGGAAUGUCUAGCAUGUACGUCCCUAGCUAGCCAGCCCCUGGUUGUGGAAUGUCUAGCAUGUACAUCCCUAGCUUUCCAGCCCCUGGUUGUGGAAUGUCUAGCAUGUACAUCCCUAGCUAGCCAGCCCCUGGUUGUGGAGUGUCUAGCAUGUACAUCCCCAGCAAGCCAGCCCCUGCUUGUGGAAUGUCUAGCAUGUACAUCCCUAGCUAGCCAGCCCCUGCUUGUGGAAUGUCUAGCAUGUACAUCCCUAGCUAGCCAGCCCCUGCUUGUGGAAUGUCUAGCAUGUACAUCCCUAGCUAGCCAGCCCCUGGUUGUGGAAUGUCUAGCAUGUACAUCCCUAGCUAGCCAGCCCCUGGUUGUGGAAUGUCUAGCAUGUACAUCCCUAGCUAGCCAGCCCCUGCUUGUGGAAUGUCUAGCAUGUACAUCCCUAGCUAGCCAGCCCCUGCUUGUGGAAUGUCUAGCAUGUACAUCCCUAGCUAGCCAGCCCCUGCUUGUGGAAUGUCUAGCAUGUACAUCCCUAGCUAGCCAGCCCCUGCUUGUGGAAUGUCUAGCAUGUACGUCCCUAGCUGGCCAGCCCCUGCUUGUGGAAUGUCUAGCAUGUACGUCCCUAGCUGGCCAGCCCCUGUUUGAGGAGUGUCUAGCAUGUACGUCCCUAGCUGGCCAGCCCCUGUUUGAGGAGUGUCUGACAUUGUAA